CGUCUGACACGUCACAGUCUAACCCGGAAGUGCAGUGACAACUCCAGUCAAAAGUCCUUUAUCCCUUUCGUGGAACUGCGAUACAAAGCUGGCCAAGAAGCCCGGGCUUUGGACCGAAAUGCAGCACUGACACACCUACAGACAGAGAGAGAGACCUGACGGACAGAGUCCAGCUGGCCAGUCAUGGCAGCAGCAAGCGGAACAGAUGUGUGAGGGACUUUGAUCUAGAGCGCCUGCAGCUAUUCCAGAGUCUGGGCGUCCCGCUGUACUGGAUUCAGCUCUCCGUACGGCAGGUGUUGUUUAAGAGGCGGGCCAGCUUGACUGAUUAUUGGCCCUUAUCUCCCCCCAUAGCACCCCCAUAGCACCUCACCCCACACCUGGCUGUUGCUCCGGCCCCUUUGAGGUCAUCUCCGCACCAAGGCUGGCAAUGUCCAGAGCCCAGAGCCCCCCUCCCCCGGCCGAAAUGUCCAGCGGUCCUGUGGCUGAGAGCUGGUGUUAUACACAGAUCAAAGUGGUGAAGUUCUCCUACAUGUGGACCAUCAACAACUUCAGCUUCUGUCGUGAGGAGAUGGGGGAAGUCAUCAAAAGCUCCACUUUCUCCACUGGAGCCAACGACAAACUCAAAUGGUGUUUGCGCGUGAACCCUAAAGGUCUGGAUGAGGAGAGUAAAGACUAUCUUUCACUUUACUUGCUCUUAGUCAGCUGCCCAAAAAGUGAAGUGCGCGCCAAGUUCAAGUUUUCUAUCCUCAACGCCAAGGGAGAAGAGACCAAAGCCAUGGAGAGCCAGAGAGCGUACCGCUUUGUCCAGGGGAAAGACUGGGGCUUCAAAAAGUUCAUAAGGAGGGACUUCCUUCUGGACGAGGCCAACGGUCUGCUGCCUGAUGACAAAUUAACACUGUUCUGUGAGGUGAGUGUGGUACAGGACUCUGUGAACAUCUCGGGCCAGAACACAACGAACAUGGUGAAGGUUCCCGACUGCAGGCUGGCCGAGGAGCUCGGAGAUCUGUGGGAAAACUCUAGAUUCACUGACUGCUCCCUGUGUGUUGCUGGACAGAAGUUCCAGGCGCACAAAGCCAUCCUGGCAGCUCGCUCGCCGGUGUUCAGUGCCAUGUUUGAGCACGAGAUGGAAGAGAGUAAGAAGAACCGUGUGGAGAUAAAUGACGUGGAGCCAGAUGUCUUCAAAGAGAUGAUUUGCUUCAUCUACACAGGCAAGGCCCCCAACCUGGACAAGAUGGCUGAUGACCUGCUGGCUGCAGCUGACAAGUAUGCUCUGGAGAGGCUGAAGGUGAUGUGCGAGGACGCUCUGUGCACGAGUUUGAGUGUGGAGAACGCCGCGGAGAUCCUCAUCCUCGCCGACCUGCACAGCGCCGACCAGCUCAAGACGCAGGCCGUGGACUUCAUCAACUAUCACGCAGCGGAUGUGAUGGAGACAUCGAGCUGGAAGUCCAUGGUGACCUCUCAUCCACACCUGGUAGCGGAGUCCUAUCACUCCCUGGCCUCGGCUCAGAGCCCCUUCCUCGGUCCCCCAAGGAAACGUCUCAAACAGUCCUAGUGGUCGGAGAGACGCUUCCUGUCCUAACCCUGCUGGGUCCUCUUGUACCGGCGACCUCAUUGCUCCUUCGUCCCGGUCCUCCUCUCUCUCUGACAUCACUGAAAGAGGCCUGAGACUGAAACCCGGGACUUGGCUGGAUAUGGCUAUGAGGAGCUGCUCAGCUGGACCGUUCAGAGAAUCACAUGCCACGGAGGAGGUACUACACAUCACUGUAGGUGGAGGUGGGGUGAAAUCUAUAAGAGCUAAACCUGGAUAUGUUCGGAUUGUCAACUCAAAUCCUGGCGUAUUCCAUAAAUCCUUUGUCCACGAUAUUUGAAAGCUACAGCCAUAAUCUGCGAGUCAGUCACAUAAAGAACUGAUCUUCUGGUUUGGAAGGAAAAGUCAAUGCUGAGUCCCUGUAAAUACAAUAUUGUGGCUUAUUGCCUUGUGCAGUGUAAAGCCCAAACUGUGCUUGUAAAGUGAAGAGGAUCAACCAAACAGAACGUGAAAGACUAUUGUUCCCAUUGUUGAUGACUUAAACAGCAUUUGUACAAAGCAUUGUUUUUUUCUAGAGCACAAACAAUUCACAGUUUUGAAUGAAAGAAACAAACCUGAACACGUUUUAAUGUUCUCUAUUCAGCCUGUGCCUUUAGCUGGGCACACACUGUGAGGGCUGAUCGCAAUCAGUUUUUUUUUUCUGCCAGAUUGGGUGUCAUUUGACAAGCAGUUUGAGGUGGGGUCAUUAAGUCAGAUUAAUUACCUUAAAGAUCAGCGAUUGGUUGGAUUUCUGGCUUGUCAGAAAAAUUCUGUCCUGUCAUCUUUCAGUUCAAGCCAUCCCUUUUGGCUGCUGUCAAAAUAUCCGUUAUAAAAUGCACUGAGCUUUCUUUAAUGUUAUAAAAGAAGUAACAUGUUGUUGCUUAAACUGUAGUCUUGACUUUGCUGCCGAACACACAGAUCAUAUUUGCUGCUUCUUUCAGCCAUCUGUGACUCAUAUAUUUCCUUUUUUUCUCCCUACUUUUCAUUCAUAGAAGAAUUGCACAAAAAUUGCCUUUCUCUUUUUUUGAAGACGCAGCCGUCUUGUUUGAAUGAACUUUAUUGGAAUUGUCACUGGACAAAAUCGGGCUCCAUUCUUUAAUUCAGUGUGAGCAGCCAGGUAGAUGACACAAUGUAGAAGAUGCACAGUGUCCACCCAGCCUUUUAAAAAAAAAAAAGAUCAAAUAAACAGAUAAUGGAGAUAAAACUUUUUUACUCACCUUUUAUCACAGAGCAUUCCCUU